UAUCUUCACGAAAAUUCUGACUUGCAUAUUUUACAUUUCUCAUCAAUGUCGUUUUUAUUGAUCGAGGUUUAAAAUAUUUACACAGAAAGCCGUCAUUAAACAGUUAAAAACUAAACGAAUGCACAAUGCACAAUGAUGAAUGUAAAAUGUAAAUAUAAAUUUAUCGCGUGAUAUGUGUCAGGUUUUAUUUUUCCGCAUUGAAUGUGUUGUUACGUAAAAAGAACAGGAUAUUUAUAUGCAGACAAGUUGAUGAGAGGUUAAUGACACGCUGAAGAAUAUCUUUAUCAUUGACUACACAAAGAUAUAAAUAUGAGUGACGGCGAAAAUACAGAGAAAAAGCUAGUUCGCCUUUCUAAAUUUAUUUCCCAGUCAAAUGCAGAAAUCGAUAUCCAUGGGAUAUGUGUAGCAGACGACAAUUCCGUGCUGGUCAGUGACGUCAACAAUAAACGCGUAUUGAGGUAUGACGAGUUAGGAGAGUUUCAGAACAGUUUUCAUUUUAGUAUGAUUCCAAGAGAUAUUACCGUAAUACCAGGGAAGAACCAAGUCGCAGUUACCCUUCAGGAGUCAAGAUUUAGUUGUAAACCUGGAUGUAUCGCCUUAUUGGACAGUGAACAAUUAAAACUUAUCAGUCAAAAUGAAAUCAAAUGUACGCCAUUCGGAAUAGUUUGGUACGAAAAUUUACUUGCCGUCGGAAGUUGGAAUACCGUCCAGUUUUAUGAUUUGGAUUUUGCCUUUGUCAGGAGUAUAGAAUUGCCAGAAGAUAAAAUUCCUGUAAAAUUUAUUAAAAGAGGUCCUGGCAGAACACUAUUUUAUUCAACGUCGACUGCCAACUGUAUAUCUAGUGAGGGACUCAAUAUUUUUCGAUUUCCUGUCGAGAAUGGAAUUCCCAGAGGUCUAUGUGUAGAUAAAGAUAAAAUCUUGUACUUUUCCUGUUGUAGUGGUACAAUUAUAGGUAUAUCAGAUAAAGGUCUACUCCUCGGUACUCUUCUCACAGGGGAUCAAGGACUAGGUCGAAUAGGUUCCUUGUGUUUCAACAAAGAUUAUACCAAACUUUACGUCACAAGUGAUGAUGGAUCAUCUUUGUCGGUUUUGAAUUUUUUAAAAGAUUAAAUGAUGAAAAAGUUAUAACGGUAAAUUUGAAUAAUGUUAUUGUUUAUAUUCCAUAACUACAAGGAAUUAUAAAGAAAAAGAAAAGAAGACACGAAAAAUAGUGAACCAGUCAUAUGGUGGUGUAUAGUACAAAUAAUGCAACUGAGGCAAAAAAGUCAAAAGAUCGACAUCUAUCUCAAUACGCUAAAAGUUAGGAACAGUCAUUUACAGAAACCAAUAGAAUAUUUGUUCCCUACACAACAACGUGACAAUUAGACACAAUACAUAAUAAACACAAUAAUUUUCAUUGUAAAUCCGAUAGUAUAUUUUUCAAACUGUACGGGGAACCGUCAGUUUAUUGAGUAAUACUAUACGCUAUAGGAUGAAUGCUAUAUUGUCGGGUCGUUGAUGGAGUUAGCAGACAUCUCUUUGCAUACGAACAAUUAAUUAGUGUUAUUUCGGAUAAAUGAUAAAGGAGGGGCGAAAGAUAACAGAGGGACAGUCAAAUUAUAUAUCGAAAAUAAACUGACAAAGCCAUGGCUAAUAAUGAAAAAAGACUAACAGACAAAUAAUAGUACACAUGACACAACAUAGAAAACUAAAGACUAAGCAACACGAACCCCACCAAAAACUUUGGUGAUCUCAGGUGCUCCGUAAGGGUAGGCAGAUCCUGCUGCACCUGUGGCAAUGAAAUAUUUUU